AUGGGUCAGGGGCCGGCAGAGGGUAGCAGCAGAGCACCAGGGGGGGGGAGGGCAGGGGGGGGGAAGCAGCAGGAGCAGGUGGGGGGCAGCAGGGGGCAGCAGGGGGAGGGCAGGGCAGCAGGCAGCAGCCAAGGGGGCAGGGGCAGGCAGGGGCAAGCAGAGGGUGGGCAGGGCAGGGGCAGGCGCAGCAGUCACAAAAGUCAGGCCUCAGGGGGGGUCAGAGGCAGCAAGUCACAAGCAGCAGGGGAAGCAGGGGGGAGGGCUGGGGCAGGGGGGCAGAGCAGCAGAGGCAGGCAGGGGGGCAAGCAGCAGGGGGAGCAAGGGCCCAGCAGGCAGGGCAGGGUCAGCACAGGCAGCAGGCAGUCAGGCAGGAGGGACAGCAGGGAGCAGGCACAGCAAGCAGCAUGGGGCAGGGGGGGCAGCGGAGCAAGGGCAGCAGGGGGGGGCAAGGCAGAUCAGGCAAGGGGGUCAGGCCAGGCAGCAAGGCAGGCAGGCAGCAGGCAGGGGGGGCAGGGGGGCGUGCAGGCAGGCAGCAGGGGGGGGGGGCAGGGGCAGGCAGCAGCAGAGGGCAACAGCAGCAGCAGAGCAGAGCAGCAGGCAGGGGCAAGGGGGGCAGCAGAGCAAGCAAUAGAGCAGAGGGCAGGGCAGGAUCAGCAGGGCAGCAGAGGGGCAGUCGGCAUGGAGGGCAGGGAGGGCAGAGGGAGGCAACACGGGGGAGCAGGGGCAAGGCAGGCAGGGCAGAGAGCAGGCAGGCAGAGAGCAGGGGGGUCAGCAGGGGAGCAGGCAGCAGGGCAGCAGUAG